CCCAGCAGUGCGCCCACCUGUGCCCAGCAAUGCACCCACCUGUGCCCAGCAGUGUGUGCCCACCUGUGCCCACCAGUGCCACCCACCAGUGCCCAUCAGUGCAGUCCAGCAGUGCUGCCAGUCAGUGCCACCAGUCAGUGCCCAGCAGUUGUGCCAGUCAGUGCCCAGCAUGCCGCCAGUCAGUGCCCAGCAGUGAUGUCAGUCAGUGCCACCUAUCAGUGCUGUCUAUCAGUACCCAUUAUCAGUGUCGCCUAUCAGUGCCACCAAUCAGUGCCGCAUAUCAGUGCCACCUAUCUGUGCCACCUCAUUAGUGCUGCCCAUCAGUGCCACCCAUCAAUGAAG